AUGACCAGACAACAAGGACAGCACAACGGGACGGAAUGGGAGUGCUGUGACAAUAUAGUGUCAGAGUUACACAACCACCAACCUCUGCCCUGGAAGGCAGCAGUCGUGCCGGGCCUGAAAGAACCGAGCAUCUGCCCUACCAAUACAGGAUCGCCAGGCCGCUCUGGCAACAAUAUUAGCUUGCAUUACUCGGUUUCGUACACACUGCUGUGUGACGGCGAGCACACACAACCAUGCCUACGCCUGAUAAACGAUUCUCUGCGGACUCCUUUCACCCAGCCGGGCGGCGCAGCCUACCCCUUCCGCCCAGGCACCGGCCCAGCCACUCACGGCCACACCUCCCGACCGGCGCAGCCUGCCCCUUCCGCCCAGGCACCGGCCCAGCCGCUCACGGCCACACCUCCCGACCGGCGCAGCCUGCCCCUUCCGCCCAGGCACCAGCCCAGCCGCUCACGGCCACACCUCCCGACCGGCGCAGCCUGCCCCUUCCGCCCAGGCACCGGCCCAGCCGCUCACGGCCACACCUCCCGACCGGCGCAGCCUGCCCGUUCCGCCCAGCAAGCCCCUCCCCACACACUUCGAGGACAGAGCCGGCUACAAGAAAGCAGCCCGCCGACAUUUUGUGUGCCACUGAACCCUGCAGCCCACGCCAGCCGCAUCCCCAUAACCGGCAGAGCGGCGCGGCGGCUACGUGCGCAGCCGCCCGAGGCUUCCGGUAACGGUGCGGGCGCCGGUGCUGAGGGUCGGAUGGAUGGCGGCCUGGCAACGGUGGUCGUGGGGCGUGCGGCCGUGGCGGCGUCAUUCUUCUGCUUCCUGGUCUCGCUGCCCCUGCACUGCGCAGGUCAAACUAAUCUGAAGAGCCCGCAGGAUAUUCAAGUUUAUGUCGUAAAUACAAAUUUCACUCUAAGGUGGAACUACACUGGGAAUGAUACCAAUGUGACAUUUUUAGCAGAAUAUCAGUGGUUUGAAGAUUUUAAGACAAAUGGAACUGAAUGGAAGGAGUUGCCUGGGUGUCAAAAUGUUACUAGCAGGGAAUGCGAUUUUUCCUCUGCAAUAACCAAAUACUAUGAUACGUAUCAUGUGCGUAUACGGGCCAAAAGAAGGGAAGAAGUGUCUCCUUGGUCUAGCAUUUUUGAAAUGAUUCCAUAUCUUAUAGCUCAGAUUGGUCCUCCAGACAUAAAGUUGCAGUCCACAAAUGGAGCCAUAAAAAUUAAGGUUUCUCCUCCAGAAGCAAAUCAGGUCAGAAAAAUGUGGACAGAUCAUUUAAGUUUUAAAUACAAUGUAAUUAUCUGGAAAAAUUCAUCAAAUGCAGAGUUUAGAAGUCAAAGUAUUUUUCCUACUGACACAAUCAAUGAUCUUGCACCAGACACUACCUAUUGUUUGAAAGUACAAGCAACUCUUGCUUUGGAAUGGAAAGAAGGCUUAUUCAGUCCUAUUCGUUGUGUAAAAACUACCCAUAAAGUGAAUGAUCUACACUGUGCAAAAAAUGUGACCAUUCUUGCUUUGAAUAUGGAAUUUUAUCUGCACUGGAAUAAUCAAUACAAACAGCAUGUGAGCUACAAUGUACAGUAUCUCAUUGGAUAUCUAAAGAAACUUCACGAUGAUUACUCAUCAAAGUGGCUCAAUGUUCCUGGAUGUGAAAACAUCACUGAUACACAAUGCAAUCUCUCUUCUAUCAUCACUGCUACUUCUGGAUUUUAUUACUUCCAUGUGCAGGCCAUGAAUGAAUAUAAUAAAUCAUGUUUGUCUAAUGAAGUAAAAGUAGAUCCUCUGAUAACAAAUGAAAUUGGCCCUCCUGAUGUGAAGGUGGAUGUCAGUGAUGUUCUCCUCCAUAUCCAGAUUUCUCCUCCAGGAGGAGCCCAGAGUGAAGUCAUGAGGGACCAUUACGACUUGUCUUACCGGGUUCUGUAUUGGAAGAAUUCAUCCAAUAAUGAGGAAGAAAUUAAAAUGAAAGAGAUAAAACAGACAAUAGGGACAGUCUCUGAUCUAACACCUGCGACUUUGUACUGUGUAAAAGUACAAGCAUUCUCAGAAGCAUACAACAAGAGCAGUCCUUACAGCAAAGAGGAAUGCAUCAAAACACCUGGAGGUAAAAUUUUACCUCUGAUCAUUUUAACAACAUUUUUCAUUGCUUUGAUUGCUGUCUCUCUUGUGGCUACACUGCUUGUUUUUACUGUAUAUCAAGUCUACAAUAAAAUCAAAUACGUGUUCUUUCCAUCAUGCCAGCCUCCUUUGAACAUAGAGGGUUUUGAACAGCCCUUUAGAAGUCUUUAUCUGCCAGCUACAGAAGAACAAAUAGAAAAUUGUUCAGUAAUUGAGCUUAUUAUCACAGAAGCAAAUCAGGUUGAUUUUAAAGACUACAAACAUUCCAAACAGAGCAGCCGAGAUUCGGGAAAUUAUUCUAAUGAUGAUGAUAUUUCAGGACACAAAGUGUCAGAGGAAACACUAGAAAAGGAAAUAGGGUAACUUUUAAGAACAUAGAAUUCAUUUAAGGGACUGGCAGUGUAAUAAGCACUUAACCUUUUUAUUAUUAAAGUCACAGCCUAAGGAAGGCAGUGUGACUUUGGGGUUUUGACUGACUUUUAUGGUAAAAGGAAUAUCAUCUAUGUAAAGAGGAGCAGAACUGUAUACUUUAUAUACCGUACUUGAAUCUGAUAACCUCAGAAAAAGCCUGCUCUGUUCCACAAGAAGACUUUCUCACUAUCUUAGAGGUUUGUUUUGAAUGCCAGUGUGUACUGUCACAGAAGCCUUAAA